CUGCUGUGGCGCAGGUUUGAUCCUUGGCCUGGGAAUUUCUGCCUGCCACAGGUGUAGCCAAAACACCCACAGUGGUUCAUUAAGCACCUACUGCCAUGGGCCGCCAUGUCUGCCAGAAAGAGAGGACCUCCCUGCUCCCGUGAGACCUGCAGCCUUGUCAGGACCGACGGGAGGCCAGGCGAGUGCAGCGCGGCGUGAUUGCGUGCACUUGAUGAACCGCGUUGUUGCGCUCACUGCCAAGCCCGCCGCCACCAACCCCCAGACUCAGUGCUCGGUGGGAGGACGCGGAUUGGAUAGGAAUUUCAGUAAAUGAGUGAAGAUAAACCUGCUUCCUCUCAGGCCUGCGGUGCAGCAGCUCCAGCUCCCAGCUCCUCAGGGCUCAGUGAGCGUUUAACCGAACACAGGGCUCCAUGUACCUCGGCAGCUACGGCUGUCAACUGCCCGGCCUCUGUCCCCUGUACCUUGGGUCUGCAAGACACUCGGUCCCACUCGAGGCCAGUGAGCACCAACCUUGCGGCCGCAGCUCUGCUUUCCAGGGGUGUCUGCGCCAGCCGCUGGGAUCGCGCUCCCUGCCUGCCCCACCGUCCCCUCUGGAAAUCUGAGGCAUCUUAAGAUGCCCCUGUCCUGCCCUCUCACAGCCCACGUUGUCGUGCUGUGUAGGCACCACGGCCCAGGGCACUGCAGCUGGUUCGGGGCAGUGUCUCUACCUCUAGGAGGGCCUCUUGGUGAAACAGGUGCCCUCCCGUGUUCCUGCUGGGAGCGCGAAGUGGUGUCACGCCUACAGAGGGGGAUUUUGUGGUGCCCAUCAAAUGACCCUGGCCUUUGCCUCUGUUCCAUCUCUGGGAGUUUACGCCUCUGCAGUGGUGCUGAGGACACCAUUGUUUGUCACGGAAGACUGGAAACCCCCAGUGUCCAUCCGUAGGGGUGUGGUUAUGUCAGGAAUCCACAUAAAUGAAAUGGUUUGCAGCCACUUAAAAACGUGGAAGUUUUCCAGCCAGGUCCUAGAUAGCACAUGGUCACCAGAACAUGCUAUCGAGUGAAAAAAGAUGUGAAAGCAGGAGUUCCCGCUGUGGUGCAACCAGAUUGACGGCAUCUUGGGAGUACUGGAACACAGGUUCAAUCCCUGGCCCAGCACCGUGGGUUACGGUUCUGCCAUUGCCGCGGCUGCAGCUUAGAUCGCAACUACAGCUCAGAUCUGAUCCCUGGCCCUGGAACUCCAUGUGCCACAGCGUGGCCGAAAAGGGACAGAAAAGAUACAAAAAAAAAGACAUGAAAUCAUAGGGAUGCAUGUUACCGGGAGGGUUGCAGGGGGCACUCAUGUCCUACCUGGACGGAGCCCAGUGUCACUAUGGCAGCCAGCCUCCCAGGCAGGAGGUGGGGAGGAGGCUCUCUGGAGACAGACCACUUCUGGACACGGGGCUGCGAUGCUGGGGGCUCAGAAAGAAGAGUCUGCUGAUGCCGAAGUUCCCACCACUUUCCAGCUUGGUCAGGAGCCAGCUCCGCUCUUUGUGAAAGAGCAAAUGAUCCAGGCAGCUCAGGAUCAGCAGAGCAGCCUCCAGCAGAGCGAGCCACGCCAGCCACGCCGGCUGCAUCCUACCUGGCCUCUGCUGCGGAGCCCCCAGCCUGGAGAAGGCUGAGCUGGACCCGCCAGGCCACCACGUCCGGUCUCGAAAGGCCAGUGCCUCCCCACCUGUCCUCCACCCUCUCCUUUCCUUGCCGACCCUCCUAAUCCCCUCUCAGCCCCUCCCAGUCCUCGGAGCGACCCUCUCCUUCCUUCCAAGCCCCUGUAGCCUGGGCACCACCCCCCAGCCCUCUCGGUACCCUCACCCCGGGCUCCAGCCAUGAAGUCCCCCUCAGGGCCAGAGGAGGCCCAGCGGCCCGCCUCCGACAUCCGAGUGUUCGCCAGCAACUGCUCGAUGCACGGCCUGGGCCACAUCUUUGGCCCAGGGGGCCUGACCCCACGCCGGGGACUGUGGGCCGCAGCUGUGCUCCUAUCGCUGGCCACCUUCCUCUACCAGGUGGCAGGGAGGGUGCGCUACUAUGGGGAGUUCCACCACGAGACAGCCCUGGAGGAGCGCGAGAGCCACCGGCUCACCUUCCCGGCCGUGACCCUGUGCAACAUCAACGCGCUGCGCCGCUCACGCCUCACGCCCAACGACCUGCACUGGGCCGGGCCCGGGCUGCUGGGCCUGGAGCCUGCGGAGCACGCCGCCUACCUGCGCGCCCUGGGCCGGCCCCCCGCGCCGCCCGGCUUCAUGCCCAGCCCCAGCUACGACGUGGCCCGGCUCUACGCCCGGGCCGGGCACGCCCUCGAGGACAUGCUCCUAGACUGCCGCUACCGAGGCUGGCCCUGCGGCCCUGAGAACUUCACCACGGUCUUCACCAAGAUGGGGCAAUGCUACACUUUUAACUCCGGCGCCAACGGGGCAGAGCUUCUCACCACCCCCAAGGGCGGGAUGGGCAGCGGGCUGGAGGUCAUGCUGGACGUGCAGCAGGAUGAGUAUCUGCCCGUGUGGAGAGACGUGGCAGAGGAGACCCCUUUUGAGGUAGGGAUCCGAGUGCAGAUCCACAGCCAGGAGGAGCCACCAAUCAUCGACCAGCUGGGCUUCGGGGUGGCCCCCGGCUACCAGACUUUUGUGUCCUGCCAGAAGCAGCAAGUAUCCUCCCUGCUGAGCUUCCUGCCACCACCCUGGGGUGACUGCAGCUCUGUACCUCUGGACCCUGACUUUGAGCCAGAACCCUCUGAUCCUCUGGGUCCUUCCAGUCCCAGCCCGGUCCCAAGCCCUCCCUAUACUCUAAUGGGGUGUCGCCUGGCCUGCCAGACUCGCUUUGUGACUCGGAAGUGCGGCUGCCGAAUGAUGCAUAUGCCUGGCGGCGCGCCAGUGUGCAGCCCCCAGCAGUACAAGGACUGUGCCCACCCCGCGCUGGACGCCAUGCUGCGGCAGGACGUGUGCACCUGCCCCAACCCCUGCGCCACCACGCGCUACGCCAAGGAGCUCUCCAUGGUGCGGAUCCCGAGCCGCGCCUCUGCCCGCUACCUGGCCCGGAAACACAACCGCAGCGAGGCCUACAUCGAGGAGAACGUGCUAGUGCUGGACAUCUUCUUCGAGGCCCUCAACUACGAGAUGGUGGAGCAGAAGAAGGCCUACGAGGUGUCCGAGCUGCUAGGGGACAUUGGGGGCCAGAUGGGGCUGUUCAUCGGGGCCAGCCUGCUCACUAUCCUUGAGAUCUUGGACUUCCUCUGCGAGGUGUUCCGGGACCGAGUCCUGGGAUACUUCUGGAAACGAAAGCGCUCCCAAAGGCACUCCAGCACCAAUCUGCUUCAGGAAGGCCUGGGCAGCCAUGGAGCCCAAGUUCCCCACCUCAGCCUGGGUCUCAGGCCUCCCCCUGCUCCCUGUGCCGUCCCCAAGACGCUCUCUGCCUCCCACCGCACGGGCUACCUGGUCACCCAGCUCUAGACUCAGUGUCCUCAGGGCCACACCUUGACAUCCCGGACACGUGUCCUCGCUGUUUUCACCCCAAAUAAAGUUCUAGUGCAUCUAGUG